AUGGCUCUGUUAGGCGUCAGAAAUUGCGAUAGAUGGAGAGGCCACAGCAUAUUUCAUCCAAUGCUUCGCGGUUACGCCACUACUCAAGGAAAGAAGCUCGACUGGGAUAUGGUAUUUAAUCCCAGGUCAUCGAAAAGGAAAGCCCUCAAUCAAUUCAAGAAGAAUCUUCUGUAUUUGGCAGAAAAAGGCCUGACUCCAUCAGCGGGAUCUCAGGAGUACGAAGCAGUACGGUACUUGUCAUGCCAGGGUACAAGAUCGAUCAGGAAGUUAUGUGAAAUGAUUAUGCAGCACCGUGUUAACGAGCAUCAAGUUUGGGAAGCAAUAGUAAGGGUCAGUCACCGAGAUCCUGCUAACAUUGCGGUCCCCCAGAAGUUGGAAACUUCUUCGAGAGUUCAUCCCAAGCUCCGGCCCAUGUUGAAGAUUAGGCCUCAGGCAGUGGAUCUUCUGGAAGACGUAAUAGAUAAAGUUGAAAAGAGCCAAGCCAAGGAGCCAUCUUCAAGAGAAGACGCAGUUGCUUUCGAUGAACCGAAGCCUAGAAACUGUACAUCCUCGAUAAAGCAGCGGAAUAUUCAGGAUAUCGAUGUCCAGUCUCUGGGAAACUAUCUACAAAAGGCUGGGCAAUACGGAGAGCGAAGAAGAAGAUACACUUGGGAGAACCAGAGACAUUUUAGUUGGGAGCACGCGACGAACGGACCCUUUACACUUUCAGCUGGCGAGGUACUGUUUCCGAACCCAAUGUACAAGCGAUACAAGAAGAAGCCAUUGGAGAAUCUGAAGCAUAAAGCUUCGACUAUCCUUUCGCUUGGCAAUAAAGGAUCUCGCUACGAGCAGGAUAAACCGACAGAGCUACUGGUCUACAAUCUGGUUAGUAAAAAGCAGAGAGUCAUACCAGUGAGUAAUGACAGUAGUCUGUUCAAUAUAAAUUACAAAGACCUGUUUGGUAUAAUAAACAGCUCUAAAAAUGCUCCCGAAGAAACGCUCAGUAUUAUCAACCAGUUUGAGGGCAAAGGAUGGACACUGAUCGGCGAUCUUUAUGACAAUUCUCAGACAAUUGCAUUCCAAAGAACUGUCGUCCCGAGUUCGCAUGCAGCAAAGGCACUGGCGAGAAGCCCUUGGCUUUGGGCAGCAAUUUUAUCUGCCCUUCUUUUCGGCUCAUAUAGCCUCUCAUCUCUUGCGCUCUGGGGCAGCGAUGAACCACUCGAUAGAAGCAGUGGUAACGAGAGGGAGGAAGCCUGA